UUGUUUGAUCUUAACACCUAAGUACCAGCUGGCAUCACGCAUGAAUAGCAUCUUUCCUUUCUGAACAAAUGCUCGGCUUGUUGAUUCGGUCGAUGUGACGGGGCCAGUGUCUAAUGGGUUGAGAGUAACAGGUGGACCUGGCAGAGUGGUAAAAUCGGCCCACCUAGGCAGACCCAUCCUCCGCCUCCUAUUACAGUAUAUAAGACCUCGGCGUAAGAGGGGGGUUAGAUUCAAACAGCAGGAGGAAACAGAGGAACUAACAGCACAGGUCUUUGGAAAGAAAGAAAAGGUUAUAACCAUGAAAAGCGUCCACUCCCUGGCUGGUGUCCUUCUCGUCCUCGGCUUCAUCCAGAGCAGCUGGCAGGUUCCUCUGCUUGAGGCUGACGACAGCUCAAGUUUGGAGGCAGACGACACAUUAAGGGAUGAGCUGCAGGAGCUGUCGAACACCAAGAGACACUCUGAGGGAACUUUCUCAAACGACUACAGCAAAUACCUGGAGGACAGAAAAGCGCAGGACUUCGUUCGGUGGCUGAUGAACAACAAGAGGAGCGGUUCAGCAGAAAAGCGCCAUGCAGAUGGGACCUUCACCAGUGACGUGAGCUCCUACCUCAAGGAGCAGGCAAUCAAAGACUUUGUCGCCAGACUCAAGUCUGGACAAGUCAGAAGAGAAUCUGAAACGGACACGUGGGCUGAAGCGCUCAGCAGGAGACAUGUAGAUGGAAGCUUCACCAGUGAUGUGAACAAGGUGCUGGACUCCAUGGCGGCCAAGGAAUAUUUACUCUGGGUCAUGACCUCCAAGCCUUCAGGGGAGAGUAAGAAAAGACAAGAGGACCAGUGAGACACUCAUCAAGGACUCCCUCUGUGUGCUGCACAAAAAUCCAUAUUCGAGAAGAAUAGAAAGCCAUACUGCUUUGCAUGUCGUAAUGCUAACACUGUGUUUCAAUUUGUAAGUCUUUUUUACUUCCUGUACGUGAUGCAAAGAUACAAAAACUGCCUCUCUUCCACAGUUUUUAUGUUGCACCAGAGAGAAGAAGUGAAAUCGAGCAUAUUUUUUUUCUACAAA